AUGCCCGCCACCAACCCAGAAUGGGGCUUCAACACCACGGCCCAAACCGUCGCCGCCGCCUUCCCAGACGCUAUCAAGAAUCGCACCAUCCUCAUCACCGGCGUCAAUCGCAGCGGUCUCGGAUACGCAACCGCCGCAGCUCUCGCCUCGCAGUCUCCCUCCACCAUCAUCAUCACCGGCCGCUCGCAGGCCAAGCUUGAUGAGAGCCUCACUUCCCUCCGUCCCAACUACCCCUCUGUGACGUUCAAGCCGCUCCUCGUAGACCUCAGCUCGCAAGCCUCGGUGCGCACCGCCGCCGCUACAGUACAAUCCUGGGCUGACACACCGGCGCUGGACGUCGUCAUCAACAACGCCGGAAUAAUGAACCUCCCUACCCGCACGCUCAGCACCGACGGCAUCGAAAUGCACUUCGCGACCAACCACAUCGGGCACUUCCUGCUGACCAACCUGCUCAUGCCCAAGAUCCUCGCCAGCGCGGCGCCGCGCAUCGUAAACGUCUCCAGCGUCGGGACAUUUGUGUCCCCCGUGCGCUUCUCAGACCUCAACUGGGACACGCGUCACGCCGAUAUCCCCGAGCUGGAAAAGCCGAACGUGGGUAUGCUCGCUGCGGCUAAGCUGCCCGUCACGGACGACACGACGUACAUCCCCUUCGGCGCGUACGGCGUCAGCAAAACCGCGAAUAUUUUGUUCUCCGUAGGGCUAAACAAGAAGGUCGGAGGCAAGGGCGUGAAGAGCUUUGCGCUGCAUCCGGGGGAGAUUAUGACCGAGUUGCAUCGGUCCACGGAUCCGGUAUGGCUUGCAAAGGCACUGGAGGGCAGAAAGAAAGCGGGGCUGAAGGGCAAUAAGAGCGUGGAAGAGGGGGCGGCGACGAGUGUGGUUGCGGCGGUGGAUUCGGGGUUGGGAGGAGAUGGGGAGGGCGUGUUCCUGGAGGACUGUCAGAUCAGCGUAAAGGUGCCGGCGUAUGCAGUGGAUGAGAAGGAGGCUGAGAGGCUGUGGGAGGUUAGUGAGGCGCUGGUAGGGGAGAAUUUUGCUUGGUGAGGGUUGCUGUUGCGGGAAGCUGGAGUCGGAUAUGACGUGUAUGGGUUUUACAGACACAAAGGCGCUGAAAUGUAUACCAUCCUGUUUCAACUCACACUGACUUUGAACGCGCAUCUGAGGAGACGGCUUAUAUAGCUAGUCGUUGAGAUGAUAUGAAAUCGGAAGUACUUGAACUUGUUAUGGUACGUUGGCCUUUUCUGUUGGAAAGCCCCAUUCUCAGUAAGUAAAUCUGAAGCCCUGUGUCGCCUCUAACACUUGUUUGCCGGUGCGUUGCCGCUGGUUCGCUAUGUAGAAGUACAAAGAAAAGGCGGCAAUACAACCGAUUAUCAUAACAUGGGAUCUAAAUGGAUUAGCAAGCGUGUGUUACAAUUGUUCAAUCAUCG